GUAGAGAAUCACAUCUGUGUCCACGUCACCUGAGUCAGGGCGUUGGAGUCUCUCGAAUCUCAUAGAAUAGCAUGAUAAAAUCUCAUGAACAUUUUAUUAUAGGGGUGUGUUAACUAUGUCGUUUGAUUCACGGAUAUAAUUUAAAUGUAUCAAUUGGUCACAUAAUCUCGCAUGAAGUUUUUUAAAGAAUUCUAACGUCUAUGAACGAAUGAAUAACAUCUCAAAUGGAUUAUGUAGUUGAUUAAUUAUCCCUCCUUAAAUGCAAUAAUGUAAAUGAUUAAUUAUUUCCUGGCAAUCACUAAAACGGUGUACGAGGCAGCAACCAUAUUCUGCUCAAGUUUUAUCUAGCAGGCAAUACACGCGGAUCGUCGUAGGGUGUGGAAGACCCCGAACGGCCAAGAUGGCGGCGUCCAUGGCAGAUGCUGGGGAGUUUGAGAAGUGGCUGAAUGAUCGACUAGACUCCUUGGAAGUGGACCAGGAGGUGUAUGGAGCUUAUAUUUUAGGAAUACUUCAAGAGGAGGAGAGUGACGAAGAGAAGGAGGACGCACUGCUAGGAAUUCUAUCUGCGUUUCUGGAGGAUGAGAAACUUGAAGAUGUCUGCAAAGAGAUCAUUAGUCAGUGGGCUGAGAGCUGUGCCCGGUCGGCAACCAAAAACAAGGAGGAUGCUGAGGUACUGGCCAUUGCCAAUCUGAUAGAGAAGCAGGCACAGAUUGUGGUGAAACAGAAGGAAGUAUCUCAGGAGUCCAGGAAGAGGAAAGAAGCUAAAGAAGCAGUCCUGGCUCAAUAUGCCAAUAUCACAGAUGAUGAAGAUGAAGCUGAAGAGGAGGAGCAGGCUUUUCCCCCCAGUGGUGAUAAAUCCCUGUUUAAGAACACCAACGUGGAGGAGGUUUUGAGCAGGAAGAAACAGCAGAGGGACCAGGCUAAGGAAGACUCUCAUAAGAAGAAAGAGACGGACAAGAUGCAGCGUGAGAAGGAUAAACUAGCCAGGCAGGACAGGAAGGACAAGGAGAAGAAACGCACACAGAAAGGGGAACGCAAAAGAUGAGAAAAACAAAUGACACCUUGGGACAUUGUCACAUGAAAUGUUUUGUUACUGGAUAAAAAAAACUGAAAUCAACAUCUAUUUUUACCUAUCCCUUAUUUUCCACCCUUAUGAUUGUAACAUGACAUUGUAACAAGAACUUGUCUGGACAUUAAUUGUUUUAACCAAUUACCAUUUUAGUUUUCUAUUGGUUUCAGUCAUCAAGCUUUAUCUAAAACUGGGAAACAGUCCAUCUAUCUACAAUGUGUUCUUUCUCAACUGUGAUUAAAGUAAAUCAGUGACUCUAUGAAAAGCCAACAUUAAUAGUCUAUCUCUACUUGCUAUGAUCAACCUGCACAAGCGCUUGCCUGUGUCUUUCAUCCUACCAUGUUGAUACUAAAGAGGCGGAUGUUUCUGUAUCAUUGCCUCCUUUUCAAUAUGCCUCUACUAAUAGGGAGACUGUCUCUGAAAAUGAGUAGUCAUUCAAUAGAUGUAGCAUGCAAGCCUUCGCUCUAAAAUGUUUGCCCAGUUUAAGUAAUAAUUUUCCAAGAUAAAUGUUUUUAAAUGGCAUUCAAAUGUUCUGCAAUUACUAUAUUGUAGUAAAAGGAAGGGGAAGUGCUCUAUGGGAUCUUAACUCACUCAAAGAUUGAGCCAAUGUGUUGCAAAUGCUUUUCCUCUUUGGAGAUGGAUUCACUCAAGGCAUUGUCAUAUUAAAUACAUUCAGUUUGUCACCCCAGUCUUCAUGUACUGUCUAUGCACUCUCUUGUAUGAGAAUCAGAACAACGUGGUGGUUGAUACUGUAUACCUCGAUUAUAUCAUGUACAAUGUUUGCAGAAUGGCAAUGGGGUUCAUUUUCAAAAAAAAUGGAAUAAAUAAAUGCCAUUUUAAAGAG